AUGGAAUCGGCGAACGGAAGGUUGAGUGAGGAUACUCUGAGAAAACACUUCAGCAACUAUGGUGAAGUGGAGGAGGCUUUGAUUCUCUCUAACAACGAUAGGGGUAAUGAAAGAGGGUUUGGCUAUGUUACCUUUAAAGACCCAGCUGGGCCUAUUCACGCCCUUAAUCAGCAACAUUACAUUCUUGAUACAAAGCAUGUCUACUUGUGGAUAAGUAGUGUGACGAGCCUAAAUAGGAAUACACCUCCAACGGUUGAGAUUGCUGGAUCUAGUGAUAAUAAUAAGAAGAUUUAUGUAGGAGGUCUUCUAUUACAUUUGACAUAUCGGGAAUUGAAGGAGCACUUUGAGAGUAUUGGCGCGGUUACUAAUGCUAGGGUGGUAUAUGAUGAAGAAAAUAAAAAAUCGAGGGGCUUUGGAUUUGUUACUUUUGAUUCCGAGGAUGUUGUGCAUAAUGUGUUGCAGAAAAGUGAUCUCGAGAUGGAAAAUAGGCUUCUAAUGGUUGGGAGGGCUGACUCUGACAGGAAUCAAGGGCUGAUAUACCCUUAUGAUUGUAACAACACAUGCUUGGGUUCUGGUCGUUCUGAUUCUGAGACUUAUGGCCCUUAUCCUCCACCUGCUCCUUAGCCUCCUUAUGCACCACCUUAUGGGAAUUAUUCAUGGCCUAGUGGGACAUUCCCAAAUGUAGUUUCUUGGAAUGGACUUCAAUCUAGUGGAGGUCUGUUGCCUUUUGCAAACCCUGCACCCCAUGACAAUUCAACUAAGGAUGACAAUCAACCUCAGAUGGAGGAUAAGUCAAGCAUGGGAAACAGUGAUGUAAAUGACAAAUAGAAAGAGAGUGACAAUCAAAGUAAUGUGAUUCUUGUCCAUGACCCAUUGGUACAAUUGGCACCU